AACUCGACCUUCUGUCACUGUGUAGCGGCGUGGUGGGGGGCCGCGCGCCACACUCCCGCCAUUCGAGCGUAGGUCCUCGGCGCGUGUGGACGUCCCGGUGUAUUCUCGUAUUGUACCGUAGUAACCGCGUCGUGUUGUUGCAGGAUGCACCACUACGGGCCCGGAGGAGGCGCCGGCUCGCCGCAGCAGUUCUGUCUCAGAUGGAACAACUACCAGAGCAACUUGACCAACGUGUUCGACCAACUCCUGCAGAGCGAGAGUUUCGUGGAUGUCACCCUCGCCUGUGACGGCCACUCGGUCAAGGCGCACAAGAUGGUCCUGUCAGCCUGCAGCCCCUACUUCCAGGCGCUGUUCUUCGACAACCCCUGUCAACACCCCAUCGUCAUCCUCAAGGAUAUCAAGUGGCCGGAGUUGAAGGCCGUCGUGGAGUUCAUGUACAAGGGUGAGAUCAACGUGUCGCAGGAGCAGAUAGGACCGUUGUUGAAAGUGGCAGAGUCACUCAAGGUGCGCGGACUGGCAGACGUCAACUCCGAGCAUGACUUGGAGACCAAGACGGGUGACGAGAGCGUGAGCAUGUCUCCCAACAGACCGUCCAAGAAGCGACGUCGCGCCUCUGCGGAGCCCUCCAGCCCCGCGGAGGACGCCUCUGAGGCUCUGGAGCUGGUCACCACCUCGCCGUCUACACCCUCGUCACUGCCUCCUCCGGCGACCCCGGGCCCCGCGACUCCUGGGGGACCCAACCCCAUGAUGGCUCUGAGUCUGCCCCCGCCGCCACCUCCGCCUCCACCGCAAUCCGCCGCCUCCGCCGCCGACGACUGUGAGAUCAAGCCUGGCAUCGCCGAGAUGAUCCGCGAGGAGGAACGGGCCAAGAUGCUUGAGUCUUCUCAUGCUUGGCUCGGGGCCUCCACGUCAUCAUUGGCCGCAGACAGCUACCAGUACCAGCUGCAGAGUAUGUGGCAGAAGUGUUGGAACACCAACCAGUCGCUGGUGCACAAUCUACGGUUCCGAGAGCGCGGCCCGCUCAAGUCCUGGAGACCGGAGACCAUGGCCGAGGCUAUACUGUCCGUGCUCAAGGAGGGACUUAGCCUCUCACAGGCCGCCAGGAAGUACGACAUACCCUACCCGACGUUCGUCUUGUACGCCAACAGAGUGCACAACAUGCUGGGGCCGUCGGCCGACGGAGGAACUGGCAUGUUGUUGGCAGACCUGAGGCCCAAGGGACGAGGUCGACCUCAGCGUAUCCUGUUGGGUAUCUGGCCAGAGGCGCACAUCCAGGGAGUGAUCCGGGCCGUGGUGUUCCGGGAUCCUCAGCACAUCAAGGAGGACCCCAUGAACCUGGGCUACCCUCGGCUACAGGUCGUCUCUCCUCUCAACCAGCUCCAACAACAAGCCAGUCUAGAGAACAAGCGGCAACAACAACAGCAGGAGCAGCAGUCGAUGUACGCCUCCACGCCAUGCAGUGAGGUAGGCGUAGUGUCACCCAGUUCCGCCGCGUCCGCUGUUUUGGCCGUUGCUCAGAACCUACGACAGCAGAUGUUAGCGGCCGCUCACCACGGGGGAGACCCCAACUUCAGCUUCCUGGCAGCUCACUAUGGCAACGGCACUGGCCUUGGUGUCCAUUCUCCUCUGCCAUCUCCAGUAGACAGCUCUCCCCGCAGUUCCCCCCUCAAUGCGGCCAACAACAACCUUGAGGUUGGACUAGGUAUGGGCUACAAACACAUGAAGUAUGAGAACAUUGCCCGUGCUGAACAUCUAUUCCAAGACGAAAUUGAAGAUUUAGUCAAGAGGCCCAACCCUUCCGACACCCCUAAAGUGAAAAGUGGUUUGGAGAUGGGAUACAAGGCUCCGAUAGUCAACGAAUCCAUGAACAACAUUGAUAUAGCUCGGGUCAACGAAGGCAUGAACAAUAUGAACAUGGCACGAUCAACAGAGAACAUGAACAUCGUAAGAGCAGCAGCCGAGUCUAUGAACAUGAGAGGAAACGAAAGCCUCAACAGCAUGAACAUGGCACGAACAAACGAAAACCUCAACAACAUGAACCUAGCUCGGACAGGAGAUAUGAACAUGGCCAGACCCAGGGAGAGCAUGAACAUGUCUCGUGCCACAGAAACUAUGAACAUGCAGCGAUCCGAGAACAUGAACAUGGCUCGAGCCGCCGCAGAAAACAUGAAUAUGGCACGAGCUACGGAAAACAUGAACUUGUCACAAAAUGAAAACAUGAACAUGGCCCGAGCAAAUGAAAAUCUAAAUAUGGCCAGAGCGGCAGAAAACCUUAGCAGUAUGAACAUGGGACGAGCGAAUGAAAACAUGAACAAUAUGAACAUGGGACGUGCGAGCGAGAGCAUGAACAGCAUGCGUGCUGGACACCUGUUCCAGGACGACAUUGAUGAGCUGGUCAAGCGACCCCAGCCUUCUGACACGCCCAAAGUCAAAGUUGGCAUUGGUGUGAGUGGGAUGGCGUUCCCCGCCAAGCAGGAAUCUUUCCCCACUCCCUUCCAGGGUGACAUGGAGGACCUGGUCAAGUCACCCCCCGCCCAGACGCCCCAGGGUCCCAAGGAACAACCCCUGUGUCUGCAGGUCGACCAGCGCGAGUAAACAUUCCCCCUGAUCUCUGUCUCCCUUUGUUACAAUAAGGCUUUAUUCCUUAUUUAUUGUAAGAUUUUGAUUAAUAUCCUCAGACGAUUUGUCUAUUGUAAGAUAACAGUUUAUAUACAGUUUUAACGUAUACAUAUCCAUCUCGGGAAAGUGAGAUGAUAUAGUUUUUCCUUUUUUGUCAGUUUUUGUCUUAAUAUUAUCUUGUGAAGUCGAAUUGUGUAUACUAUACUGAAAUAUAGUUUAAUCGAACCUUACCGACAAAUUAUUUCUGUUGGGCAGUAUGUUUGUACGGUUUAUUUAUUUUACUUUUAAUUAAGGAGUUUACAAAUUUUAUUUAUUAAAGCUAGUUUUAUACCAAAAUAUGUUUAGUAUCUCUGUUCUGCGUGGAACGCUCCAGAGAUUCUUGUUAUUGUGUAAAUAGUAAACUAGUUAAUGUGUGAAAGGUCAAAAUGUAAAUAAUUAUUGUCAUUUGAUUAAGAGUAUACUAAUUUUUUGUAUUAGUAUUGACAAAAUGCGGAUUAAGAUAUUUUUAUUUUAUGACUGCAUUUGUGAUUUCUUUUGCCAAAAUACUUCUGUUAAACGUAAACUAUAGUAUUCUCAACUUAUUUAAAGUCGUAUUUUUGUUAAUAACUUAGUAUAGUUAUUUUUAAUACGAGUCCUAUUUUGUAUUACGCUGUUCUAUUACAUUUUUGUUUGUCUUUUCCUUAAGGGCAUCUUAGCAUGUUAACAUAAGUAUAGUAUUAUUUUCAACUGCCUAUAGGCUUUUAUGUGGAGUUAUUAAACAAGCAUGCUUAUACAUCAUAUUUAUUUACUUCCUCGAACGAUCCGAUUUGUUGCAUAGUGUUGUUUUUAAUUAUGUUUCGAGAUUUUAUUAGCUCCGAGUGUCCAACAGGGAGUGAAUGUGUACAUAUAUAAAUACGAGUGAGAAUGUACAUACGUGUUAGACUUAGGAAAUAAAAAAUGCUUCCUUGGACAGAAUCUCACUGAUAGAGAACAUGAAAACGUGUCUCCAAUACAGUCAAUACUUGCACGAUCAUUGUAUUCCGUUUCACUCGUUGUUCUAUGAUAUGAUUUUUCUGUAUCAACAUGCCGUAUAACAGUACAGUAUUCCCCAACAACAUUCCAUAGUAGUACAGCACAUGUCUAGAUUCAAGCCACGCGUCCCCCCCGAUGACAUUACGUAGGCAUCAGCUGUUGCCGGGGUCAGUCGCGUGGCGUAGCUACAGUCCGUGUCAGUGGUGUUUGUUCCGCCCUGUAGUUUGCCCUGUAAAUGCCAGUUAGUCUAGUCACUAUAGCGUUUCAUUCGUUCAGUUCAAAAGUAAAACGUUUCGAGGAAUCGAGGGUGUAUAUGCCAUCGUUGGACAAAAAGUUUCCUAUUCGUUAGAAAAAUAAAAUUUAAAGCAGUGGCCUUGAAUUGAAAUACUCGGUUUUGUAGCUCUUAACGGAUUUAUUUACAUCAAAAUUUUGACCAUUCUUGUAAAUUACCCCUAGCCCGAUGGAUAUGAGAAAAGCAAUGUCAGCAUUCAUCAACUAGUGCCUAUUAACGGGUAUGUUUUAUUGUAAAUUGAAUUUCGACUUUUUCAUGUCCAUAAUUCCUAGGUCUCGGCUGAUUGUGUUCAAGCAAACUAGAAAAAGUGCCUUCCAUUUUCUGACCACUUUCUGCCACUGUUGCUUUUGUUCGAUUUAUCUAAUCUCGUUUCGACAGCAAGGAAAACUUUUGUUUUGACAUAACACACUCUACAUCUGCAGGCAACUACUGUGUUUCAGUUCUUGUUAGACAGUGAAGUAAAUAUUUAUUGAAAAUUAUUGGACAUAUUAGACUGUACCUAUUGUAUAACUGUGUUAGCUGCGUAUAUAUGAUGCAAUAAAU